GCUUCCGAGAAACCACAGCAGCUAAGCUCUAAAGAGAGGGAACUAUCAGAGUGAGCUGCAGACUCUGAAAGGACAGGAAUGUAGACACUGGGAGAGUGUCAAAGAAAGUGACCAAGAAGUCAGAAGGAGAGGGAAAGGAGGAAAGAGGAAAAGUCAAAAGAAAAGGAGGGAGAGAAUCAGCAAGGACCUCCAGGAAGCAAGAAAGGAAAGACCACAGGCAGGGGGAGCUGUAAGCCAUGCCCCAUAGCUCUGACAGCAGCGACUCCAGCAGCUACAGCCAGUCCUCUUCAUCCAGCAAACAGGAAUCUUCGGAUGAUAUGAGAAAAGUACAAAGAAGAGAAAAGAAUCGUAUUGCAGCCCAGAAGAGCCGACAGAAACAGACACAGAAAGCGGAUACCCUCCACAUGGAGAGUCAAGACUUGGAGAGGCAGAAUGCCGCUUUGCGCCGGGAGAUCAAGCAACUGUCAGAUGAACUGAAACACUUCUCUGCCAUGCUGACUUCCCACGAGACUCACUGCUCCAUCCUCCAUACGCAGCCCCCAGCACCCACCGAAGUGCUUUUCACGCCACUCCCCUUUCCCCAGACCCACAUCAGUGCCCCAUGCUUCCAGCACUGAGAGCAACUUCUAGGACUGGGAAAAGUUUGCAGAAUCCAUGCCUGGACAGAAGGAGGAGGAGGAGAGAUAUACUUCACCACUAUGGACCAUUUAGGGGGUGGUAUUCCCAUAUAUCUGUUGGCAGGUGCUGUUCUGAAUAAGGAGUAAAAUGUCAGUAGGAUUUGGCCUUUGUGAAGAACCUGUGACAUGCUAGACUCACCUGCAGGGUAUUGUGUGUGUGUGAUUUAAUGUACAGUAACCGCUAUCAGUACUGUUCUGUUGUUUGCACUGAUCUUCUUAUCACAGAGCCUUGUACGAUAAGCCAUGUUCUGUUGUAAAAUGUAUACUAGUGGUUCUGUGGACACAGAGAACAAAAGGUGUUGUUCCAUUAUUUUUUUAAAUAAAGAUCUCUUUUAUAUAUAUACGGUAUAUA